GCCACCAAAUGUGACAUAAUUUUGAUUCACUCCCCAUCAGAAACGCCCCACUAAAAAAUGUUUAAACUAAUUGGAAACACGACGACUACAACCCCACCGCCACUUCCAUGGCCAGCGAGUACGGAUUGAACGACUCGAUUGCAGCGAAGUAGUUGUCGAAGCUAGCAAGAAAUAGGCUCCUGCUCAAAAAUGGUGGCCAACGAUGGGAGUUUCAGGGCUCCGUUGGGACGACUGUUGCGAGGACCCUUUGGCGGUGUGGUGGCAGCUACGGUACUGAUAUUGUUGAGAAGAAGCUUCUUAGUCGUGGCUGGGGAAUGCUGCACAACGCCCACAUUCGAAUGUGACUUCAGGGGCUUCAACUCCAGAUGGGUGGAUGGCGGGGUCACGAACGCAAGCACCACCUUCAUAAACCCCUCGACGACAAUUGGACAUUGUCGAUACACCUUGCUUGAACCGAGCUCGAUCAGCGCGUUCAAGUACACGAAGAACAUUCGAGCUCGCACUUUCAUGUCAGUUUCUGGCGAGCCCCAAAUGCGAACGAGUCCCCAUCGUUUCGGCGGCAACUCAAGCUCCUCGACUUGUUCGAGUAAGUUGGUACAUUGAGCACAAUGCGGAAACUCCAACAUCACUCCAAUGGCUUGUUGCAAUUCGAGAAACUUGGAGUAGCGUUGGCGGACAGUCCAGACCACUCCAGACUUUUGGUCGGCCAUUUCGACCUCGUACUCAACAAAGGCGGCAUUUGACGCCCCAUCGGCCUCCACAGAGCGCACGACGAUGUCUCGGAACGACACGAGUUGCUUGGUCACCUGCAUGGGUGCAGCAUUGUUCGAGGUCGUUGCCAUGCUCCACGCAGCGCCUGCCGAGGUUGUCGGCUUAACCUUACUUUUACAGAUAUCCUUCGUCGCGAACUUGUUCUUGGAUGACCCAUUGAGCGUGGAAAUGGAGCGCUGGCCAACAAAAGUUGCCAUGCACGAGGUUGUCAAGGCUGGCGCGCGGGCGGUAUGAUGGAGGUGGUGCUUGCAGCUGGUAAAGUUG